GAGAAAGAAGAAGCUGCCCACACAGCCAGUUCAGUUUCAGGAAGCAUCAGAAGAGAAAAAGAUGAGACAGUCACUGAAGAUCAUCUUCGGCUUUAUCACAGCGGCCUGCGUGAGGGUUUUGCCUGCCACUGGGAAUCAACCGAAAACCUGUAGCAGUGGAUCUGUUCAUGUGACUGGCUUUGUUGGAUUGUCUGUCUGCAUCAAAUGCGCUUAUCCACCUAAGAUGAAAAAUGGUGUGAAGGAAUUCUGCAGAGUCAAUGGAGACAAGUGCUCCAACAUCAUUUCCGCCCCCAUAUUAAAUACCACAAGAAAAGACAGGUUUCUCCUGGAGAAUCACAAACAACAAGAGCACUACAGGGUGACCAUGUCAGAACUGACCGUGGAUGACAGUGGAAAGUAUCUGUGCCGUGUUAACUACGGUGAAACACAUGGCUGUUUGACUGAAGUCACCUUGGCAGUGAAGAAGUUGGAUGACGUUGAGCCGACUGUGGUCCCUGGUGUUCUUGGCAGAAGCGCUGAGAUCACUUGUCACUAUCACAACAGUCACAGGGAUGAUGACAAGUGUCUGUGCAAGGGAGCGGAUCCCCGCACUUGUGAUGUCCAGAAAAUAGUUCCGCACCGUGAGUUCAAAAGGUCAAACUACUUCCGUGUGGUCAUCAGAAAUCUGACCGAGAAGGACAUCGAUACUUACUGGUGCUGCUCAAAUACAACAUGGCGCCACGGAGUUUUCCAAAUAAAGCUUUCUCAUUCUGAAUCUCACCAAAGAAAGAAGAUGAGCAACUCUUCAUCUGAGGUUACUGAAGCAUCGGACAAUCGGAAUAUUCUCAAAGAAACUGUGCCGUACAUUGGAUUAGGACUCAGGCUUUGCCUUUGGGUUCUGAUUGUGGUUCUCUUCCUGGUCGUUGUCCUACGAAGGUGACGCUUGGCAGCAUCCUCUGGUAUGAACACCAACACGCCUGUAUGAGGCCAACAUGGCAUCUAUGGAAAGCAGAACAAAGAAUUUGAAAUCCUCAUGUACCCUUUCUCCAGGAUCCCUCGCACUCCUUUAACACCUCCUUCUACCCUUUUUUUCCCCACAUACUUCUUGCAUCUUUCACUUUACACAUUGCUUGGAAGGCCUUUGCUCUCUCCUGACAGUGCAUUCACUUUCUGACCCUGCUUCCUGACAUGUUGUCACGUGUGUACUGAUAGAUCUAUAGAAAAUGUUAUUAAUGUCAAAUACU